UCCGUCUUGGAAGAGAAGGCAACGCAGGUGAAUAAAAUAAGCAAGGAUGUGAGUGUGGACAAUAUUUUAUUCUCCAGGGUUCCAUCCCAAAAUAUCUCAUACUCACUCGGAUUACACAAGCCAAGCUUAAAAAUCCUCAAAUUCUACAGAGCGUGCACGCUAUCCAACUUAACUCCCUUCGCAGUUGAUACCUUUGGAACACUGAAAAUGGAAAGUGAAGCUGCUAGACGCAGAAUCAGCACCAUUGCAAGCCACUUUUCACCCAAUGAGGAUAUUUUAUCUGCCACCCACCUUCUCCCCAUGAACUGCAGUGGAAGUUUGAACUCUGUGAUCCGGAGGUGUGAUAAUAGAAUGUAUUUUGCACGUCAAGGGUCUACAUAUCAAGCUUGUUUCAUGAGACAGGUUUCAAGUGAAGAGAGAACUGCAUCACCCAAGUCCUUUUGCACUGCAAUGGUCAGUUCUAAUGCUUCUGAAGUACCAUUAUUUUCUAGGCCUACAAUGAUGGAGCCAAACUUCUCAAAUUUGGCAGCAAUCCAACCUCUGGGAUUAGAUUGGACAUUAUCCGUGCCUGACCCUCCUAAGUUUGCCAGACCAAAUAAAAGCACAAGUGAAGAGAUGCAGUUACAAUCUAAGAAGAAAACAUGUACUAGAUCUAAUGGCAUAUGGUCCCCUAGAAUGGAUGUUGCAGAAACUGGAAGCAAUUAUGUUAUGAUGGUAGAAAUUCCAGGUGUCAGCAUCAGUGACAUUAGAGUGGAGGUUGAUGACCAAACUUUACUAGUGACUGGUGAACGCUCUACCCAGUGUUGGAAAGGAGCAGCAGGUUGCUCAAAUGACUUAAUCUCUGCAUAUCACAAAAACGAGAUAUCAAAAGGGCCGUACCGGUUGGUGUGGCCACUUCCUACUAAUGUGAACAGGGACAGUGUCUCAGCUGAGUUUCUGGAUGGAUUUCUACGUAUUGUUAUUCCUAAACUUUGAGAUUAACUGAUGGUGGAAGUAUACAUGCACAUAUAUGAAGAGGAGUACCUUAAAACUUUUACACCAGCAUAUGUACUAUAUUGAUAUAAAUCAAGCCAUAAUGCUCAAUGGCUACCAUCUCAGUUUCUAUAUGAUCUGUCUAAGACCGUGUAUAAAUUAAGGUGUACCCUCGACUGUCCUAAUACGAGGAUAAUGAAUAUUUAUGCAGCACCAAUGAUUAUAGAAUAAUACAUCAGAAUUUGAGCCUGGUAUUUUGUUCAGCAUAAACACUGUCUGGUAUAUGCAGUAUCAUUGUAUUAUGCAAAAUGUUUAUACAUGUUGUUCUCUGUA